AAUCGGAAGAUGCUGAUGGAGGAAGGGAGAGAAGCUCCUUCGCUGAACAUCUCAAGUAUUAGAGUAGAUAAUAGUCAAAGUUAACAAUGAACUGCAGCAUUUCCACACGCUUAUUCUUUGUGGCAGAGAAUGGAGGGGAGGGUGUAAUUCUAAGAUAUUUUUAGGGUUCAGGUCAAUGGGACCAGGGAUAGAGUGUUUAUGGAGUUUUUUGUUUGUUUUUGUUUUUUGUUUUUUUGCUUUGUGGGGUACAAUUCAGUGACUGCUUCUCUCCCUCAUCAAUCUCCCCAAUAGUUUAAUUUGGAGAGUCUUCAUUCCUUUAUAACACUGUUUUCCCUUUCUAAAUAGAUACGAUAAACCCACCAUUCCCUUAACUCUUCAAUCCUUUCCGGUAGCAAAGUGUCUAGAGUGCAUGGUUGUUGAGUAUGGAUGGACCCUGGGAAGAGGAAAGAGAGAUUCAGUGAAAUGAGGUGCACAUGGACUAAUAGCCCGAUAUUAGACUGAUGCAGCACAUUUUUAAAGGCUACACAGAUUGCUAUUAUGAAAUACAAGUCAGAUUUAUGAUCUUUUUCAUAUUGAACAUGAUAUGGUAUGCUAACGCUGUAUGUGACAGUUUAAUCAAAUCCAUUUGUUAAAACCAAGCUAAAAGAGACCACUGGGAUUAUAGGAUUACGGACAGAGUUAGGGAAACAUGUGGCUUUGUCAUUCGCCAUCAUUUUGAACACUGCCACAUUGCAAGUGGUGCAAGUGGUUCAGUUUGUGCGUGUUGUCUUGUCUGUCAACCCUUCUCCCUUCCCCCCACCCCCUGCCGACACUCCGACCCUUUCCCAAAGUGGGUGCACAAUAGUCUGUUCUCGGCUCUGUAUCUGAACACCAGCUUCUCACUUCAACCAAAGCAAAAGGGACGCUACCACUUUUCUUGGAUUAUCAAAUCCAAUGAGAAACUGCGACUCAGGGAUUCUUAAAUCAACUCAUGCAGAAAAAGGAGAAAAGUUUUGGUAUACAAAUGCUCUCAGUCCAGCCAGACACCAAGCCGAAAGGUUGUGCUGGCUGCAACCGUAAAAUCAAGGACCGAUAUCUACUGAAGGCCCUGGACAAAUAUUGGCAUGAAGACUGUCUGAAGUGUGCUUGCUGUGAUUGUCGGUUGGGAGAGGUGGGCUCCACCCUGUACACUAAAGCAAACCUUAUCCUUUGUCGCAGAGACUACCUGAGGUUAUUUGGUGUAACAGGAAAUUGUGCUGCUUGUAGUAAGCUUAUCCCUGCUUUUGAGAUGGUGAUGAGAGCCAAGGACAAUGUUUACCAUCUGGACUGCUUCGCAUGUCAGCUUUGUAAUCAAAGAUUUUGUGUCGGAGACAAAUUUUUCUUAAAGAAUAACAUGAUCCUUUGCCAGACGGACUAUGAGGAAGGUUUGAUGAAAGAAGGUUAUGCACCCCAAGUUCGCUGAUCUAUCAACGUCACUUCACUAAGAAUACAAAGCACUACAUUCUUUUAUCUUUUUUGCUCAAAAUGUAUAUAAGAAUUGACACAGGAACUUAUUGGAUAGCGUAGAUAUAGAGAAACAGGAUGAUCGUGUGGAAUAAAAGGCGGACUGCAACUGUAUGUAGUGAAAUUGCUCCCGUUCAGAGUUGAAUGUUUAUUAUUAAAAACAAACAAACAAACAAACAAAAGGUAAUGUACAUAUCGUCAGAUUCUCUUGCUUGCUCUUUGUUUUGUGUCAUUUGGCAUGAGAUGUUUAUUUUGGACAAUUGUAUAUAAUGUAUUGUAAUAUUUGAAGCACAAAUGUAAUACAGUUUUAUUGUGUUACCAUUUGUGUUUUGUUUUGCUUCUUUGUAUUGUUGCAUUUAGUACAAUCAGUGUUUAAACUUAUUGUAUAUUUAUGCUUUCUGUAUCUACCAGCUAUUUUAAAUGAGCUGUAACUUUCUAUUAAAAAAAAAAAAAUUAAAGGGUAAAUCCCAGUAAAUGCUAAUGCACAUAGAUAAAGCAAGUCUAUCUAUGUUAAAUAUUUAAGAAAACAGAAGUAUUCUAGCAGCAUACACUACUACUGCCACUAUGUUGAAGGGUCUGUCAGUGUUUUCAUUAUAAGACCCCUAUUUUCAGGGGCUUGAAGAUCAGCUUUUUAAAAAAAAUGCAUAAAGUUUCAUCUAAGAGUAAUUUUAUUUUUUGUCAACUUGGAAAAAGUGGCAUUUUUAGAGUAUCUUUAAAGUCAUGAAAAUACUUAUUAAUAAUUUCAGAUUCUUGUACUCAACCUUCUUGAUAUGUUUCAUGAUUUCUGCCAGCCUUUAGUCCCCUUUACAAACUAGUGCCUUUGGUUGUCAUAUUUUUUCCCCAAAGGGUUAAUUUAAAAAAAAAAUGUUACUGCCCUGGUGUAGUAACUUAGAAAAGCAUCAAAGUUCUUGUAAAAACUUUCAGCAACAUAUUUUCCUUGAUUUUUCUACACAAUCUGAGGUCUUUUAAAAAUAUUUAGAAUUGCACAUAAAUUUGCUGAAGUCUUAUUUCUAUACAGUGAAGCCAUCACAUCCUUUCAGCAGUGUUACUUGUGUCUCAGAAUUGAAUAAUGGCUAUUAAGACCAAUUGGAAGAAGAGAAACAAGAAUUGUAUAAAACUGGAUAUAUUUUAGUCUACAUUCCCUUUUAACAUUCCAAACUGAGCACUUUUAAACUUGUUCCUCACAUUGCCAACUGCUUUUAUUUAAAUUUAAAGCAACUUUUCACUAAAAAAUUCAUCACAGAGACAUUGAAAAACUAUCAUUACUUUUUUUAAGCAGUGAAAUAUUAUUUCUAGGCUUACCUCAUAGUUUGCAAGUGACCAGGUUUAUAGAAGACAGAACAAUUAUGAAAGAAGUGAAGACAUGAUCUCCUCUUGGGUGGGAUUCAUUCCAUUCAGUGACUAAAGCUGUUCUCACACAGGCACAAUGAAGCAUAUAAUUUGCGAAAGCAAAUGUGGUGCUAUUAACAUUUUGUUUUUGUUUUGCUGUGCCUAAAGAGUGAACUUAGUUUUUCCAGUGGUUUUGCAAAGAUGUUUUGUCCUACAAAUAUACAAAGAAUGGAAGUUAAGGGUAAUGAAUGCAUCUUAUAUCUGUUUUGUUUUGCUUUUAGUCAAAAGCAUUUUUACAGACUGCUAGUCUGGAUGUGAGGUAUUUGAAAACUUGAAUUUAAAGCAAAGCUUCAUAAUCAGUGUGUAUUUAAAUCUGGAGGAAAUAUACACAUGGACACAUUUUAUCAAUACUUGCCAAAGGUUAUUUUCAAGAGAAGUUAAUGCUUUGGAAAAUGAAGAUAAGCAUUUUAAUGAUAUUUCAUAGUAAAUGGUUAUACAUUGAAUAUCACAAAAGUGUAAAUUAGUAAAGAGAUUAAAAUUCCAGAAGAAAGUUAUUUACUUUAUGAAGAGAAAGACUUUUAUGGAAAGAGGAGAAGUAGUUUUCACAAUAUUGCCAUGCCAUUCCUGGAGAGUUAUUUGAGGUGAGAUUGGAUCUAAUAUACAAGGGAUUUUUAAAAAAUAAAUUAUUUUAGCUAGUAUUAAUAUAUUACAAUACCUUAGGCAAAUUGUGAACAAGUUUCAUCUUGUUGUAGAAGGCAUUCCUGUAUCAGAUAGAAGGUUGGACUAGAUGGCCUCUUAGGUCUCUUUUUGAUUCUGUUGUCUAAUUUUAGGUCCUCAUUACCAAAAGGCCAAAUUAAUCUCUUCUUUUUACUUUUUUUCUAGUACUUCAAAAGUUCUUAUAAGGAAAAUAGGUGAACUGGAUUAUUUAUUAUACCUCUAAUGGGUAAAUUAAGAUUUUAAUCUUAAAGGCUUGAUUUCAGAGAAUUGACGUAUCAAAUUUUUUUUUAACCUUUUGUGACCAGGUUGCCUACUGAACAUUAUUCAGAUUCACUGGCUUGUGGCAAGUUUUCCUCUUUACUUUGUACUCUAUAGAUUUCACAUUAUACUUCAUUUUCCAAAUCCUCCAGUACCAGAAUCAGCUUAGAUUUUUAUUUUUAUUUUUAAGAAGAAUGUUCCAUUCACAACACAUUUCUUAUAAAAUCUUUAUGUUGAAGGAUCAGGGAAGCUCCACUUCUCAAGAACACUGACCAAUUUUAAAGCUGAAAUGUUUGUAAUUUUACUUUCAUCUUGCUUAAUAAAUAUCUUCUGAUCUCUUUCAUCCAUUUUUAUACUUGGAUUUAUGCUUUUAAUAAAAAGGUUAUAACACUG